AGUGGAGGCCAUAGACCCUCAAGAGUUAAACAAGUAUCAUGCCAUGUGCCAGAAGCUGUGUUGGACGCAAAAGGACAGCUGUGAGGCCGAAGGUGGAAUUGCCUCUACUACAGGAUCAAGUAGACAUGACACAGCCCCUGAUCCUGUCCCUUCUCCUGCUGGGAAUGGUUUCUGCUUUUCAUCUGGAGACUGCUCACCCUCACCUGGAGACUCCCAAGAGAGAGGAAGACCUGCAGCAGAAAGCAGAUGGUUCUGGGGAGCAGGGGAGAGAGUUGAUUCUGACUCAAGAGACAAUGCAGACAGAGGGAGAAGAGACUGAGGGUUCUGAACAUCGAGACAUCUUUGAGGAUGAGGAGGCAAUGAAGUCAGAUCCACAUGCCUUAGGUGAGGACUCAGCAUGCCCCAAGGAAGAGGACACAGCUUAUUUGCAUGGAACACCUGGGUGCAAGAGCUGCCACUAUGUGCUGGUGAGGACUCCCAAGACAUUUUAUAAGGCUCAGAGACUGUGCAGGAGAUGCUAUCAAGGCAACCUUGCUUCCAUCCACGGCUACAGUUUCAACUCCCAAAUCCAGAGCUUGGCCAGGAAGAUCAACCAGUCCAUCGUCUGGAUUGGAGGCAUCCUCAGGGGCUGGUUCUUCUGGAAGAAGUUUUGCUGGACUGAUGGGAGCGGCUGGGAUUUUGGAUACUGGGCCCCAGGGCAGCCUGGGAAUGGGAGAGGACACUGUGUGACUCUGUGCAACAAAGGGGGCCAUUGGCGAAGAGCUUCAUGCAAAAGUCGCCUGCCUUUCAUCUGUUCCUUCUAAGAUGGAUCUAGACCCUACUUGGAACCUCCUGCCUUCACAGCCCUGGCUGCUCAUGUCACCAUCCUCUGGCAUUCAAUUCUGUCCCCAAUCCCUCCUGGUCAUAAAGUCAGGCUUUCCAUAGCAUCCCCAUAG